AUGCCAACGACAACCAACAACGUGCCUGAGGAGCCCGAAUUCAUCACAUACUCGACCUUCCCCUCCGGCAAGCACCAGGGCAAGACCCACUACAUCAUAGUCGGAGCAGGCAUCAUCGGCGUCUGCAUCGCCUUCUACCUCACCCGGCACCCGAAGUUCGACCCGAAAAAGCACUACAUCACCAUUUUGGAGAGCAAGCGAGUGGCCGGCGGAGCCAGCGGCAAGGCCGGCGGCUUGUUGGCUUUGUGGGCGUUCCCGCAGCAGAUUGUGCCCUUGAGCUUCCAGUUGCACCAGGACCUCGCCAACGAGUUCGGCGGAGAGGACGAGUGGGGCUACAGAAGAUUGACCACGAUCAGCGUCGAGGGCGACAUUUCCGACGCAAGGCUGAACUACAUCCAGGACAAACCCAUGAGCAGAGCCACAACAAUCAAGAAAAACUCCAUCGAGAUCGAGUCGAACGACUCCUCCGCAGAAAAGCGGUCCUCCCACUUACCGAAAAACCUGAUGUGGAUCGACGACAAGGUGAUAAACGACUGGAACCAGUUAGGUAACGAGUCGACGACCGCCCAGGUCCAUCCAUACCAGUUCACCACCUUCAUCUUGAAGCAGUGCAUAGCCACCGGCUGCGUCGAGCUGGUCAUUGGCAAGAUCGACGACAUCAUCAUUGACGAGGAGUCCGGCGAGUGCAACGGGAUUAUAUAUCAUCCGUCGAGCGCCAAAGCCGAGAACGAGGGACUGACUAAGCAGAAGUUCGAGCUCCACGGAGACAAGGUCAUAAUGUCGAUUGGUCCCUGGACGUCCAAGAUCCUACCGGACUGUCCGAUAAGCGGGCUCAGAGCACACUCAAUCAUCAUACAACCCGAGAGAGUCGAAGAAAUCAGUCCCUACGCCGUCUUCACCGAGUUGAAGUUGAACAAGAACAAAUUCGUCAGUCCGGAGAUCUACGCCAGAAAGGACGAGGUCUAUGUCUGCGGAGAAGGUGACUCAAGCGUCUUGAUACCUGAAACCACCGACGACGUCGAGGUUGUCACCGAGAAGUGCGAAGAGCUUUUCAAGUACGUCUCCAAGCUCUCAAACAACCUGAAAAACGGCAAGGUGUUGAAGAGACAGGCGUGCUACUUACCCGUGUUGGACAUCCCCUCCUCCUCGGGCCCGCUGAUCGGUGAAACCAACGUCGACAACCUCUACCUCGCCUCGGGCCACUCCUGCUGGGGGAUAAACAAUGCUCCGGCAACAGGCCUGUUGAUGAGUGAACUACUUCUGGACGGCGAGGCCACCUCGUGCGACAUCAGCGCGUUGAAUCCUUCCUUGUACUUCGACGCCACGUUGAUCUACGAUGAGGAAGAGGCCGACCUAGAGAACGACGAUGACGAAGACGCCGGCAGCAAUGCCAGCGAGAAAGGAAGUUACGAGGACAGCUACGACGACGAUGACGGUGCCGAGGAAGACGACGACGAAGACGAACAAGACGAACAAGACGGCAAUGCCGACUAG